CAGACAGAGGGAAUGACGGAGAAGAAAAGAAGCUGAUUAGCCAACCCACGCGGGUGUAGACUCUACGUAAAUGCGCUUUGGUGCUUUAUGUGCUUUUGCGUGGACUCACUAAAUUGUAAGCGUCAUGUCUGUGGAUGUAGACGAACAGUGCCUCAGCUGACUGAAGACUGAUGGGGUCUGGAACAAGUCAGAGGCAAGAUUCAGUUUCAGAGAGCCCCCCCAGUUUAAAACCAAACACUGAGACAGAAUCGCCUGACUCCUCGCAGCGAACGCCCAUCAUACUCAUCACAGCUCCAUCACGGGACGACAUCUACGCCACGCCAUCCAAAAUCACGAUAGCCGAUGCCAUAAAAGAGCAGCGGCCUGGGUCUGCACCCUUCGUAGUGGGGAAGAAACUACCAACCAGACAGUAACUCCAAAUGUCUAUCACAAGAGUUUUCCAAAAAUGAAUUUUUCCAGAAUUGACAGGUAUCGGUCCAGGUAUGGGGCGCAGAAGCCGUUCACAAACUCCGGGAACGCUGUUGGUUGUCCUCCCAUUACCAAAACAAACCUCAAUGGCGGCUGAAUGAGGUGCUGCUGUUUGUAGAUGCGCUCUCUUCGGGAUUUAUUUUAGUCCAAAAACUGCAUUUAAAUAAAACAAUGGACGCGGCUGGAGAGGACGAACCGGACCCCAUAAAGCUGAAGUCUCUUAAGGACAAUAAAACUUUCACAGUGCCUCAAAAUUACAGGUUUGGGAGCUGCAGAAGUGUCAGAGAGUUUGAGAAACUCAACCGAAUAGGAGAAGGAACAUACGGCAUUGUGUAUCGUGCCCGCGACACCAAGUCAGAUGAGAUUGUUGCCCUGAAAAAGGUGCGAAUGGACGCAGAGAAAGAUGGGGUCCCCAUCAGCAGCCUCAGAGAGAUCACACUGCUGCUGAGGCUGAGACAUCCCAACAUAGUGGAGCUGAAAGAGGUGGUUGUUGGCACUCAGCUAGAAAGCCUAUUUCUGGUGAUGAGUUACUGUGAACAAGAUCUGGCCAGUCUGCUGGAAAACAUGCAGACGCCAUUCUCAGAGGCGCAGGUUAAGUGCAUCGUUCUCCAGUUGCUUAGAGGUUUGGAGUAUCUCCACCACAACUUCAUUAUUCACAGAGACCUGAAGGUGUCUAAUCUGCUGAUGACAGACAAAGGCUGCGUAAAGAUUGCUGAUUUCGGUCUGGCCCGGAUGUACGGCAUUCCUCAGCAACCCAUGACACCACGAGUAGUUACGCUGUGGUAUAGAGCACCAGAGCUCCUCCUAGGGACGAAGACUCAGACUACGGCUCUGGACAUGUGGGCAGUGGGCUGUAUCCUGGCUGAGCUGCUUGCCCACAAACCUCUGCUGCCUGGAACCUCUGAGAUCCAGCAGGUCGACCUGAUUGUUCAGCUGCUGGGAACACCCAAUGAAAACAUCUGGCCGGGUUUCUCUCAGCUUCCCCUCAUCGGUCAGUACAGCCUGAGGAAGCAGCCAUACAACAACCUGAAGAACAAAUUCACCUGGCUGUCUGAUGCUGGACACAGACUGCUUAACCUGCUCUUCAUGUACAACCCCCAGCGCAGAGCUACUGCUAAAGAUUGCUUGGAGAGUUCAUACUUCAAAGAGAAACCUCUACCCUGCGAACCAGAGCUGAUGCCAACAUUCCCUCACCAUCGCAACAAGCGAGCGGCUCCUCCAGCAGAGAGCCACUCGAAGAGGAGCAAAGUGUGAAGAAACACUGAACUUACAAGCACAUCUCUGGUGGGAAAAUGGCCACACUCAUGAAGAGCUUUUACUGUGGAGCUUUGAGCUAGUCCAAACCAGAAUCAGCUUCAGCACAGCUGUAGUGAAACAAAGUCAGACAAACUUACUGCUGGACUGUUAAAAACAGGAACACAGAGUCUACAGCAAGCAGUCAAGAAAAGGCUGGAAGUACAACCUGCUGUGUGGAUCCAACGGUGUGGUCUGAGAGCACAGCACAUUCAUCAAAGAAAGAGAAACGGCCCCAUUUUAGAUUUUGUGUCUGAGUUAUCAUUUCCAACGGCAAGUAAGAUGCUACAGAGAAGAGACUUCAUAAUCGCAAAUUCUAGAGUAGCUUUGCAUGGUUCACAGUUCAAAAUCAUCCUUGUGUAUCCUCUCAGUUCAUCCUCUAUCAGAAACAAGCUGUUUUAAUUCCUCUGCCUUUUAACUCUUUCACCUGUAAAAACAUUUGACAACCUUCUCUGUACCGUUAAUGACACCUCAAUAUAUAUAAUAUGUGGUGUGAGUAGCCUUAGUAAGCUAUAUAGGUGGCGGUCAACCUCAUUAACUUCUGAUUCACACACAGCCCUUAAAAUAUGACAGAAAGCACUGAGUUCAAAAAAGAAAAAACAAGUGUUUACCCAUAGUAGGCAUCCAAGGAGGAAAGAGUUAAGGCAGCUGUCCUCUGAUUGGCCUUUCCUUCAUUAACAGACGGCCUGAAAAGCCGGCUGUGCCUUAGACUAACAUAUAGGGGAUAUUCCCUCUCUGACAUCAUAAAUAUCCCUGUUGAGAGCAGCUUGAAGCCUGAGCUUUUGACAUAUUCUUAUUGAAAACUUUGACAAUGUUUAAUUUGAAUCUAAUAAAGUUUAAUAAAUGUCUGGAACAGGAACAGUGUAUAAAAAUAUAAAAAUAAGACAGAAUAGCCAUUUAAUCCAUUCUGAUCUCAUGAAUAUGUGAACACUAUCUAAAAAUGACAAAAUAAUCCAUACAGCAUUAGCCACUAUUUUAUAUAUGCUCACAGACAGCAAUGGUCCUGUGAUGGACAAAAGCUGUCUUGUUAUAAUAAAGUCCUUUUGCUCACUGACAUCAAUAAUAUCCCUCACUCUAUCAAACCAAGGAGAUAAAAGCUGGAUGUUGUGACUGUGUAACACUUUGUCUUCUCAGAUAGUGGUGACCUUUUCUUGUAAUUAUGAGGCCUCGCUUUCCUAUUUUUGCCAGCAGUGAAUGUAGUGCUAUAGUGUACACCCUGACACAUUACACAUCAGUCUGUGGAUGUGCUGUUAUAAUUAUCUCUGCAUCUCUGUGACCAGGAGCUUUGGGGUCUUUGCUUGAGUGCUGUCUACAGCUUUAUAGCCUCCAUGUUAUUCUUGUUGAUGAAUUUAGGAUUAAUUUAAGAAUAUCUGCCUUUAAAGUCUUUGAUGCACAAUAAAGAAGAUCUCAGGUUUGAUCCUCACAGCUGGAAGACAGUGUGUCCUGUCCAAGUGUCCUUGAGUAAAAUACUGAAUGCUUGAUUUUGCUUGAUAGACAUUAAGGAGCUCUGUGUUAGCAUGCAGCACGGGCCAGCAGGGCCAAAACUGUGGUAUGAUGUAGCAGCUGUACCGCUUGUCUUAGUAUGUGCAAUAAGCAAAGUUUACCCCAUACUUGGUGCCAUUUUACAUUAUACAUCAAUCACUUAAGCUGUGGAAUAAAUUGUAAAGCUAGUCAAAUAGCUUUUCUACUUAUAUGAAUUAUAGUUGGACUAUACUGACAAGGAAGAUAUGGUUAGCUAGCUAGCUGUAAUUUAGCUGUGAUACAGGACUCUGGUGAUGGUUGGUUGGUAAUAGUGGCUGAUGAAGUAAAAAAAAAUAAGCAAAAAGAAAAUGGACUGCUAAGUUACCUGAUCAGCCCUGAGUCACACCAAGGAAAACAGUGGGCUGGAGACCACCGCACAGCCGUACACAGUGAACUUGCAACUAUUUCAAAAGUUGCUUCAAAGAUGGCGACCGAGAUGGUAACCACUCGCAGUCAACCGCGUCUUCAAAGCGACUUCAUACGUCAAGAUGGCAAUAAAACAUCAAUAAUAAACUGCAGCAAACUGGUGAAAAUGGUGAAUCAUCUACUUAAACAUUGCAUAGGUUGCCUCCCACAAGGCAAUCCAUGCAAGCACUGCAAUCGAAAGUGGUUAUCCAGAGCUUCCUGGUCUUCUGAAAACGUUCUGCACUAUUUUUAAUCUAGUGUGACUGAGCCAUUAAGACAGUGUUUUGCUUCAUGAAAUUUGUCAGUGCAUAUGAUGUUUGUUGUAUGGAGCUGAUUAGGACUGGACUUCAUUUCCAAGCUACUUUUAGCUAAUGAGGUGGUUGCUCUAGGUCAGGGGUGUCGAACUCCAGGCCUCUUGCAGGUUUUAUAUGUCACCCUGGGU